GCGGAGACACCUGUUGCGCCCAUCCGGCCCGUCUGAUUGUGUUCAGUAAUGUGAGUAAACGCUGCCAGUCGGUUUAAUGAAACUUUUAAGCUAUGUCAGCUCUGCUGAGCAAUGUAUUGUCGUUGAACAAACCUUUAACGUAUCAGCUAAUACGGGCUUUAAGCUCCAACGAGCUGUGGAGAAGUUUACGGUCGGUUAUUCCGGACACCUACCUCAGUGCAACGUUCUCGCCGGCUUCAGCUGAUGAUCUCGUGCUCGCAUUGCAAAACAGUUUCGUCUCACUUCGUGAUCUCGUAAGGUGGCUGGAACUCGUCAAUGCGUUCGACGCAUUGCUUCUCCUGAAGCCCGACGAGCCGGUCGUCAUUAGAGAGAAUCCUCAGCCGCGUCUCGAGUUGGAAGCACGGGUCGACGUUGUGCUCCGGCUGACGUGCCGUGCUUCGUCAUUUCCCCCGCCAAAUUACCAGUGGUUUUACAACGGUGAACCGCUCGUCUGUGACCAGUCGACCUGCACAGGCCCUGUCCUCGAGAUCCACAACCCGACUCCAGCACAUUCGGGAAAUUACACAUGCCGUGCCUGGAGCGUACGGGGCUCUGAAGCUUUCUCUACCUGUAAAGUCAUCGUGAAGUGCCCUGCUGCAUGCGAUAGUGCUUCGAGAGAACUAGCACCUCUUUCAGCGGCCGACAAGGUCGCCUUGAUCAUUAGCAACUCUGCUUAUUCGCACGGUGAAACGCUGCCUCUCACCGAAAACGACGCAGAAAGCUUGGGCAAGGCGCUUGCAGCGCUCAAUUUCCGCAUUAUAGCGUUUAAGAAUCUACGCAAAGGCGACAUUGCGUACGCGUUAAACAUAUUCCUGCAAUUCCUUAAGCCUGGCUCGUACAGCGUUUUCUACUACGCGGGCCACGGAUUCAAAGAAGACGGACGGGACUACAUUCAGCCGGUCGACUGCGAUGACAACGCUCCCGCAGAAGACUGCGUCUGCUUCCAGGAGAUCGUUGAAGAAAUAAGAGCAGCGCCGUGCAGCCUCAACUUGAUCAUGUUAGACGCUUGUAGAGACACCCGGGAGCAGCCGAGCUCAUCAUCUGUCGGGUCGACUUCACGGACUAGUGGAAUCAAACCGCAACAUGUUCGAAGAAGCACAAUCGUCGUUUAUGCAACGUCGCCAAGCACUUCGGCCGUCGAAGUGGACGGUCAUCCGAAUGGCCUCUUUAUGGAGCAUUUCAGCAAACAUGUGGGCAAGUCAGCUAGUGUUCAUGAGGUGAUCCUCCAAAGUCUAAAGGAUUUUGAAAAGCACAAACUUGCGAGCAUGCAAGUGCCGGUGGUUAAGUACGACAUUCCAGGCGACCACUCCCUUAGUGACGACAUCCUAGAUAGCUCAGUGUACCAUCAAAACAACAAGCUGUGGUUAUCUAUUAGCAGUCUGCCGUCAAACGAGGAGUUUCAGAUUGGUGACACGGAGCACACGUUACGCAUUGAAUUUUCGUGUGAAAAAGAGGUGUUUUGCAACAGCAUGGUGGUGGUUGCAUCUGUUGUGCCUUGCAUACCAAAUGUCCAUGUAGACUUGCAAGCAGUAGAAUGUUGUGGCGGCACUGUGCUGCAUCGCUCAAGUUCUGUUGUGGUUGUCUGUGACUUGCAGAAUGUGAUGUCACGGGUGCAUUUAAAAGUUGUGUUAAGAGAUCUAAAUUCAACACGCACCCUGUACCAUAGGAACAUUGACUGUGGCUGGCCUCUGGUUACUUCUUGGCGUUUUCGUAAUGAAAGUACUUGUGCUUGCUGAGAUUAUUCAUUUAAUGUUCAUGCAAAAUGACUGCAGCCAUUUUUAGUUUAGUUAUGUUGUUGGCACUUUAUUGACUUUAUGCAAUUGCAGAAACUGCAGAAUAUGCCAUUUUGUUGGUCUUUAUUUUUAUUUCUACUAUAUUCGUUCAACUGUCCACAUAUGUUUGCAAAAACUGAUUCACUGCCAGAUUGUACUCGUACCACUUCAUGUUAUCAUUUACUCAUUUAGCAAAUUAUUUUUUACGGAAAUUCAGUGACAAAAUAUUUGCCAAUGUUCACAAUUUCGUCCAAAUAAAGCAAUCGAUCACACCAUUAGGCACUUGGAAGCUGCUUCAUUAGAGCCUG